AUGGCGGAUGCCACGAGCGCAGGAGCGACGCCUCUCCUCCCUGGCCUCCUCGACGACGUCGUAAUCUGUGAGAUCCUUGUCCGCCUGCCCCCCAAAGCCAUCCUCCGCUGCCGCGCCGUCAGCCGUGCCUGGCGCCGCACCACCUCCACCCGCGACUUCCUCCUCGCCCACCACGCCCGCCAGCCCGCCCUCCUCAUCACCUCCGGCCACAGUUACGGCGGCCGCCUCCACGACCGAGACCUCAUCACCUACGACCAUCGGGCCGCCGACGCCCAGCUGCAACACGUCGCCCAGCUUGACGAGAGGGACUGUGGCCUGGUGGCCUCCUGCGACGGCCUCCUCCUCAUCUCACAUAACAGGUACAGCAAGGAUGCCUGCUCCUCCAUCUACAACCCAGCCACUCAUCAACACGCUCCCAUGCCUGCGCUUUGUGACUUCAAGGUCCGUUGCACGGUCUUGGGGAUGUAUCGGCACCACCCUCCCGGCGAGUACCCGAUACUAUGUUUACGGAGGGAGUACAUCUUUGCAUUGGACUCCGUCCAGCCGUUGAGGAACAUCAGGUGCCCGCCGGAGGUUGAGCAAGUGCUUUUACACCGUGAGGCUACGGCAGCUGUUCUGUUUCGUGGCAACCUGCAUUGGCACAUAGAACAAAAUGAGACUGAAAGCAACAUGAUGGUGAUCUUCAACACCACAGCUGAGUCGUUCCGGCAGAUGCAUGCUCUGGUUGUUCUGGCUUAUAAAAAUGAUCUUGCCUACGCGGACUUGUUUGACAUGGAUGGCGUGCUUGGCAUGUUUAGUUGUAAUGGGGCCGCGAAUACCAUUGAUAUCUGGGUGUUGCAGGACUAUGAAAGCGAGGUCUGGACCUUCAAGUGCAAGAUUGAAUUGCCGGUCACUGAGAUCAAGGUGUUGUGUGGAGAACCUGACAAUUGUUGGCAUGCGGUAGUCAUGUCUGUGGAUGGUGAGUUGCUUGUGCUAGUCCAGUAUGCCGAGUGGCUACUUCAGAUUGACAUGGAUGAUCCACCAUAA